UCGAUUUUGUUGUUUACUAUUUUUCAGGAACUCGUAAUUCGUAAACUUGCGUAAGCCUAAGUUUUAAAUUUAUUUUAUAAAGAUAGGGCCCACAAUUAGGGCUUUGCAAUGCCCGAUAAUAAUUUAUUAUUUUCAAUAUGCGUACUCGGUGUUGGCAAGUGAUUCAUGUCGCGACUAUUAUUUUCCUAACUUGUUUUGUGUCCUGCCUUGGAGCCGAUGAUAUUAUCAAAAAAUUACCAUUCUGUAACCCACAUACGCAAGAGGACUCACAUUUGAGCGACCUUGUAAUAGUCAGCACUUUAGAUGGACGAAUCACAGCAUUUUCGACAGGAAAUGGCAAAAAAGCUUGGGACUUUGAAACACAACCACUCUUAUCAUCCAACUUGCAUCAUGUUGAGCUCACAUCGGGUGGAAAAUGGGUGAGGCUGGUGCCAUCCCUUCGAGGAACUCUGUACAGUCUAAGCGGGGACUCCAUUGAACCUCUGCCAUUUGACGCUGAACAACUUCUGACAUCAUCUUUCAAAUACUCCGAUGAAAUGGUCAUAGCUGGUGCUAGAGAAACGCGAUGGGUGGGUGUAGACGCGCGUACGGGACUCAUAGUGUACGAGUGUAACUCCAGCGGCUGCAACAGCGAGCAGCAGACGGCUAGUGCUGGCAGAGACAUACUGGUGCUGCGACGACAUUCCAACACUGUGCGAGCUUUAGAUCCAAGAAGUGGGACUGAAAAAUGGAACUUCAGCGUGUCCGACCACCAGAUGGCGCUAAGUCGGCGCGAGUGCGCAGGCGCAUACCCUACCCAGAGCGCUGUGGCUAUAGCGGUCGCGUUACCAGAGGGCGUGGUCGCAGUGAGAGGACCCGACAAGGUCCUGAUGUGGCAGCAGAAGCUGGACGCGCCUGUGGCGGGCAUGUGGCGUCUGCAAGGGGGCGUGUUACAGCACAUGGACGUGCUGUGGGAGGCGGCGCGCGCGUCUGACCCCGCCCCUGACGCGAUAGCGGGCCCCUCGCUGUAUCUCGGCGUGCAUGACACACAGCUAUACAUCCAAGAGUCGCAGCUGUACGCCAAGAAGUUGGAAUCGUCGGUAUCUAUAAAGUCGUUGCCAUGGAAACUGAAACAGACCCGCCCACUCAUAACGAGCGAUGGCACCGCCCUGUCGCUACAAGACGCCGAUCCUAAAACGUUGACUGCUGUCGCUCUGCAUGGCUCGGCGGCUGCUAAAGAUAACAGCGGAUUCUUCCUAUACCUUCAAGACACAUGCGACGAAACUAUACAAGUAGACGGAGAGACCGAAGAUAUACUUCCCAAUAACAGCGAUUUCGACGCCACAGAGUUCAACCAUGUGCACGUCCACGUCUAUUCUCUAUGGUUCUGGUGGAAGGAAGUCCUAGUCAUAGCCGUUAGCUCGGCUCUAGUCAUGAAUCUGAUGAUUUGGCCAAGAUUCUUUCCGACUAAGCCUCCCCCAACAACGCCUCUACCGAUUAAUCAAGAGUAUAUUGUGGUUGAAAGACAUUACGAAAGACCGGUACCAGUUAACAACAAUACGGAGUAUAUGGGACGGUUUGACAGUGAUUUUGAGCCGUUGAUGUGUUUGGGUAAAGGCGGUUUCGGUGUGGUGUUCAAAGCCAAGAAUAAAAUUGAUCACUGUUUGUAUGCUGUUAAGAGAAUCACACUACCGAGAACGGAGUCAAAACGUCAGCGAGUACUACGCGAGGUGUUGGCACUGGCUACACUGGAACACGAGCACAUAGUGAGAUACUUUAACUCGUGGAUUGAAGAACCACCGCCGCAGUGGCAGGAGACUUGGGACAAGCAUUGGAUGCAGAAGUUGGGCGACAUUUCGGAGCUGCCCGAUGACUAUUUCUCUCCCACUCGCACGCGGCAGUCAACGCGCAGCGCUAGCGUCAUGCUCGACCUGCACAAGGACUUAGACCCGUGUAUGGACGUACUGGAAUAUGAUAAGAAGAGAUCUAGAUCACUUAGCUGCAACGACUCAUUCGUCAUCGAGUUUGACGAGAAAGCGUCAAAGAUUGCGUCCCAAACCAUAGAUAGUACAAAAAGUCCGGGGGACAUAACUCCGCCUAACACGCUGUCCAAACAUAUGGCUAGCGGCGACAAUGAUGAUUCAUUCAUAGUGUUCCAGAAAACUAUGGACGAACAGUCAAAAGAUUUGUCCAACAAAAUACUAGAGAAGGUCAAACAUAGCGAUAGUUACGUGAAAACUGAUAGUUCCAGUAAGAAAAGUAAGAAGAAGGGUCACAAGCGUCACUGGUCACUCGAUAUGUGUCUCCCGGCCAACAGCUCCAAGAUGUAUCUGUACAUACAGAUGCAGCUGUGCCAGAGCGACAGUCUACACGACUGGCUGCGGAAGAACCACCGGUGGGAGAUGCGAAGGCCGCAGGUAAAAAUACUAUUUAGUCAGAUAGUGUCUGCAGUGGAGUAUGUCCAUAAAAAGGGUCUGAUACACCGAGACCUGAAGCCCAGCAAUAUAUUCUUCGCGCAGGACGGGAGAGUGAAAGUGGGAGACUUCGGCCUAGUCACUGCCAUGGCUGAUAACCUCCAAGAUGAGUCGGAGUCGACGCCACGAACUAGGCAUACUAGUAGAGUUGGUACCCACCUCUACAUGUCGCCGGAACAGCUUGCCGGGCGCGCGUAUAGCUUUAAAGUUGACAUAUACUCGUUGGGCAUGGUACUAUUCGAGCUGCUAUGUCCGUUCGGCACCGACGCAGAGCGAGUAGCUUGCCUCACCAGACUUCGAGCGGGCGCCUUUCCUAAGCACUUCCCCGAGACGCAUCCUGAUGAGACCGAAGUGCUAAAGUUGAUGUUGAAUCAUGAUCCGAACGAGCGGCCUACUGCUACAGGUGUGAAGGCGCGCGCGCCACUCUACGAGAAAACUGGUGAAGAUAUAUCGUAUGAACAAUUAGUUAUGAAUAACAGUCAAUGAAAUAAUUUAAGACAAUCAUAAUGUUUGGGGUCUACAAGGAAAAUAUUUAAGGUUAGUUUUGAGGUAACUUUUGUGAUAUUUUUGGGAUACGAAGUGACUUUAUAAAUUUGUUUGUAUCCCAAAAAGUAUAUAGGCCACUCCGCGCGGUGAAGUUUUGCAUAUUUUAUUAUUUGCCACAAAUGUUGCGUUUUGUCAGACGCGGUGUUUUGACGCAACGACGUAAGUACCAUCUUACGUAAGUACC